CCAGCAACCCGUGGGUAAGGAGGAAAUACAUUUCAACUUUCACUUUAGCUGCACACGCCCCUCACUAACCUACAGCGGCAACAGUUUGGAAUUAUUGAUUGGAAUGCGUUUAUAGAGUCCAAAGAGCAAACAACGAAUAUUUUGGGCGACAUUGGAGCUGCUGUCCUGGACGAUUGUGUACAUGGCCAGUGAAUCCUGGUUGGAGUCUUCCCUGCGCCGUUCAUCUAAACUUGGGCAGGAGGUGUUGGAAAAAGCAAAAAGACGGUCUGUAAGCUGCUCAAGACCAAGACCACGCGUGCUCGGCCACAAUGAAAGGAACUCAGAGAGAGACAUUUUACAUUCAAACUUAGACCAUGCUUUUGCAAAAAUAGUGGAGUACAUGUCAGAAACUACCAGACAAUGCAAGAAGUUUUAUGAGACUGUGCACCAGGCUCAGCCCAGUGAGCGAGAACACAUCUGUCGCUACCAUUCCCAGCAGAUGUUGAGGACUGCAGACCAGAAACAGAAUGCAAGUGGAGCCAUCAAACAAGACGGUUCAUCAGAACCAGAGGAUUUUCUUAUUGAAGUGACUCCAGGCACCUAUUCCAUCACAGCAGCAAUGCAGGACACGGAGCCACAGACGAAAACUGUCCGCAUCAACGCUGGAGAAAGCAUGAGCCUUACAUUCAACCUCUGAACUGCACCUGUGUAUUAUAUGGGUGAAAUUCUGUGCCUUAAUUGAGGACUUGCUCAAAAUUUGCAACUAAAGCUAAAUGCACUGA